AUGGAUGUUCAGACAGAGAAACUUCGGCUCGCCAUGGAUUACGCCGAGCAGAGGCAGUACAUCAUCGACGCCUUGGGCAAGCAGAUUGAGAGGAAGCGCGAGGUCUUCAAGACGACGGUCAGUGCGAACACUGAGAACACUUGCAAGCUACAUGAUCUGCUGCUCAAGUCCACGCAGGGUACCUGGGUCGAUGCUAACACUGCUGCGCUCAUCGCCGAUCCGACAGACCGCAAUUUACAGUUACUUCGUCCCAACCGCGCUCUUCAAGGAUUCGUUAGCUUCGCCGGCAUGAACCCCACUCUCGUCAUUCAAGACACGCUCCUCGCUCUUCAGCGAUUCCAACAAAAGGCGGGCGACCAAGAAGAUCCGUUCGCCCUUGCUGAGGCUCUGAUCAAGACUGCUCAACAAGUUCAGAGCAGUGCUUCCAAGCGUAGCCGUCAUGGAAGUAACGACGGCAGCUCCGAUGAUACAUCUGAAGAGAAGACCCCAGUUUCGUCUGGUCGGGCUACCAGAGCAGCGUCAACAGCUGAUGUUGGCAAAAGAUCGCCUGCGGCUGCGUCAAGUCCAACUCCCAGUCACCGAGGUCUUCACAUGUCAAAGGCUUGGAAGAACAAGCCGAAGUCCAAGCGUCAGAAGACUGCCUCGCGCUCGCCGGCUUCCGUUCGUUCACGCUCCAACCAGGUUUCUCGCGGUUCUACAUCUCGGCCGCCCGCGCGUUCGCCUUAG